UGGAUUCGAAUGAUCCGAAUCAAUUACUAUCCGACACGAGCCAAUCCAAGCUACCUGUGUUGUGUACUGCCCGUCUGCACGAAAUGGCCGGUUUGGGGGUGCAGCAAUACUCCAAAACCCUGAACAACGCCGCAAGUCCCGGGGAAUUGAGCGACGUGGAGCGUCUGGACGACUUCCCCGAAGCCCAUUUCAGGGGAGUGACGCUUUCCUUGAGUGAAGAACCAGAAGCGUCGUCUCCGAACCCGACGACAGAACCCCGCACCGUCGCAACUUCGUGCCUCGUCAGAACUCGUAGUUCCGGAGAUCUUAGCACCAAUGGCAACGUCACUGAGCAGUCGUCCGCAAGUCCUGCACCUGCGAGCGCCGUGCGGCAGUUUUCCAGGGAAAUCUCCGAGGAGGAGACAAAAGAGUACUUCGCAGUGCGGGAGGGUGCCAUUGAGAGAGCGGCAGAUGAGUGCAGUCCCGUCUUGCUUAAGCACAUCGAUGGAGAGCUCAGAGGAGUCUGGCUGCUCACGGAGAUUGACCACUGGGACACGGAGAAGGAGCGCCUGGUGUUUCUCACCGACUUCAGCUUGAUCGUGCUCAAGUAUGACUUCAUCACGCUGCGGCUCCUGGAGUACCGAAGGCUGCACCUCAAGUCCUUCGACAAGGUUCAGAUUGGGCUGCUCACCUACCCGGACAAGUCGUUCAUGCCGAAGAUUGGCGUAGCUCUGGAUACGGUCAGGGACCGGCUGCUGCACCCCCGGGGCCGGAGUCUGGCUCGGAUGGCUAACUGUGGGGCCUUCGAGGCUGUCACCCCCCUUCUCUCUCCUCUCUCAAGCCCCCGCAACCAGGAAGGCGUACGCUGCUCCUGGAAUCAGGGGACUGUUCUGCCGGCUCGCAAGGAGUGGAACCCCUGGUGCCGCGAGAUCCCCUGGGUGACCUUCACCUCGCACCACCUGUGCUCCACGCCGGCGGGGGCACCCCAGCACGACGUCGACGGGUUCUCGAGGGCCCUGGCCCAGACCAUGGCCGCGCUGGAUCCGUCCACCGCGCCCCCGCCGCACCUGACCCGCAGCACCCCCUGCCAGGUGGUGCACGAACCCCUGGUGGUGACCAGCUAUGUGGGACUGGCCGCGGCAUUCCACAACAUCAACCACUUGGGCUUCUUCAAAGCACGGGGAAAGGUCAGCUUCUGAGGACAGGCCCCGGGGUUUAGCCUGCGCCAGUGAGCGCGACCGUUGCCGCAAUGCUAGUCGUCAAGAAGUUGCCGUUGCAGUCCCAGCGUUUACUUGGGAGCGACCAUACUUCGGUUCGAUUUGAAACGAGUCUGCAGUGCGUGGCCAGGGCGCAAGGGUGCAGUUUUGAGGGGAGUCGGUGCACACGUGUGCAGCCAGUGGAAGCUGGCCCAAAGGCUGCACUCUUGCACUUGCAGCCUUCUGUCCCCUCUUUCGUAUUCGGGCGAAACGGAGUGCAUUGUGCUCUUUUAAUACAGCUCCUAGCGUCGAUACUGGAAAAAAAAAAAGGUGCGUGAACUGUUGGGAACGAGCGUGUUCUGUUUGUACAGAUUUCUUUUGUUGGUGUACGAGCGUUGAAUCUUGAAUCGUGGACUUUGGGAAUUUGUCUUACGUUCCGGUGCUUGCCAUUCGCUUUUUAUGAUUCCAUGACCGAACCAAGGUUGGGCCCGAUGUUCGAGUUGUGUCUGCCAUGCAGGGUUACUCGGUGUAAUUAAGAUUUCUUGCACUUUUGAUACUAUGGCUAGACUUUCCUCGAAAUUUGCGUUAAGCAAUGUACCACUGUACAGUGCUUCCUCCAUCUGCAAAAAAACAACAAUACAGGCAUACUAUUAUAGCCUUAUUCCUUUUUGGAGACCAUUUUUAUUACUGUUGAAUAUAGGGCUGAAAGUGAGCGAAAAAGUGGCUUUCAUAGCUAGCCAUUUGGCCCGUACGAAAUAAACGCUGGUUUUGUCCUCCGAGUUUGAGAGGAUCGCAUCACUGUGGAAAAUCAAAUGUUCUAGUCACCUCUUAGAGUGCCAGUGCUUACUUUUUCUUCAUUGAUUACCUGAGGUUAUCAUUACUGAAAUUAAGUAAACUAGUCAAAAAAAUUACAGUGGAUAUUUGUUUCCUUAGAUAUCGUGGAUAUUUUGGUACUGAAAUGCGGUCCACACAUUUUGACAAUGUCUAGUACUAACAGCUGAGACCUAGGGGACGUGAAAUUGUUAGGAAAAUGGUAAACUUAUAAUUAUAAAAAAUUUUGAAACAUAGCAAGAAUCUGAAGAAAAUAUGUGAAUGGAUGUUACUCUAUUGUAUACUUAGAGUAUAUCAGGUUCUAGUUGUGUCAAGAAGUUUGUAAUGCUGGUCGUGGUUUAAGUGUUCAAAAGAAAGCAAAGAGUCAAACAUAAGUUUUGUAUGUUUUGAGCUCAAGACAAAAAAAAAAAAAAAAAAAAAAAAGUGGUUUCCAUCUACUAUGCACCACUGUCCUAUUUUUUAUGGUUAUAGACCAUAUUGUCUCCACUGUAUGACCUAGUCCUUUUUAGUUACAGUACCGGGGAAUUAAAAGAAGGGGCUAUGUUGUACAGCUUGAUCCUGUAGUCCUUGGCUUUCGAGAACGGUCUGUCGGUGUCGAGGUGUCUUUGCACGAGCAUUGAUUCAUUGAUUGACUUGACAAGAGAGCUUUUGAUUUUCAAGCAGUUGCGCACUACUGGAUUGAAUGGCAGGUUUUGGAAGGGCGUCUGUUCCAAGUUUUUGAUCCGAAAGCCCCGACUGAUCACUGGUGCCACUCAAUUCCCUAUCGCUGAAUGAGCCUACGUUACUUCCCCAUUGUCCAGAUGUUGUUGCAAUAUUGCUGGUUAAGUUUGAUCGACAGUUCUCAAUGUCGCUCAAGGCGUGUGGUUGCAUUAAAUUGCACGAGAGAAAUUAAGUUGCAGAGCUGGGUAAAGAUAAAGGGGCAGUCACACAAUAAGAGAUGUUGCAUUUUUAUUCAUUUUUUCGUUCAUUGUUUGUGCAACUGACAUUCAGUUGCCUCUAGGUUUUGUGUUGUAAUGACGAGAAUGAAAUGAUGGACUCGUGAAGCCACAUUUUGAAGCAGCGACAUGGGCUGCAGAAGGUGUAAAAGCAGCGAGAAAACAAAAUAGUUAAUAAAAGCAAAAGCGCUAAGGCUGGUUGGCAUGUUUACGUGCAUGCAGAGUUGACGAACGCGGUUAUCAGUAUCAACUCAUCUUUUCAAGGCUCUUUAUAUCCUGUAGGGCCAGAAUUUCACGGAGAUCUUGUUGAUUGCGACGUCUUCACUCUAUGGUUUAGUAUCAAACAAAAUCUCCAGAAACCGGUGUUGUAACUCCACUUGUAUGUUAUUUUUUGCUAUUUUGUUUUUUCUGUCGGGUUUUGUAAGACCCUUGAAUCAUUGCACACCAGGAAAGUUGCAUUUAUAUUAGCUUGGAGACAGCGUCGGCAUCUCUAAUAUUUUUGCUGUAGUGCUUAACGAAAGCCCAUCAGCUUUCGUUAAGAAUAUUAGUGCUAUCUGAACGCAAAAUCUUUGCCUGUUUAUUAGGGCUGGGGGGAAAAUUGCACUUAUGUAGAUGUUUUCUAGUUGAGUAGUGGGUCUCUGUGAUAACAUACUUGUCGAUACAGUAGGCAGUGAAAUGUCUUGGGUAUUGUUAAACUGCUGGGUGAGCAGAGAUGACUACGAAACCAGUAGUUUAUGAACAGUUUGAGUGGCGCUUUAAUAUACAGUAGAACCUUGUUGAUACGUUUUCCCGGCUUUUACGUUCAAAAAUGCCGGUUCCGUUUUACUUCCAUAGAGAUACAUGUAUUAUUUUCCUGCUUGUUACGUUUGCUUUUCCGCUUUUUGCGUCCAAAAGUGUCGGCAUCGUGGUGCCUCGGUGCACCAGGCGCCAGGCUGCCACGCUGGCUUUGAAGUGGAGCUAGCGGAGCAAAGCCGAACCAUGCAAUGCGGGUUGCAUGGCACGCGUGGGCACGUAGACGCCCAUCUCCCCUUUAUUCCUUUCCCCCUCUUUUCCUUCUGUCUCCUCGAUGGGCUUUGCUGAGCUCUGCCACAGCUUCCCAUCUUGCCCGAGUGUGGCCUUGGAGCACUGUUCAGACGGGGAGUGAGGCUGGCGAGGCGGCAAACGCUCAUUCUCUCUUGCUCUCUCCUUCACCUGUCCUUCUCUUUCUCUGGCACAAGAUGCACUCACAUGCACGCUGUGCUUCUAGUUUCUGUUCCGCUCGAUUGUGUGAACCGUGGUGUUUCGGAGUAUCUGCACUUUGCGCCCAUUGACAACGGUCAUGGCAUCACGAAAAAGGAAGGCACUCUCUUUUAAAGAGAAAUUUGAUAUACUUUGGACGGUGGAUCGUAAUCCCAGCCGGAAGAGAUCUGACAUCGCAAGAGACCUCGGACCCGCGCCGUCAACUUUGAACAGCAUCGUCACCAAACGAAAGGAGAUCGAGGCAAAAGCUCCUUUUCAUCAUCCAGCCUUCAAACAGCCUCAAGGGGCAAAACAGGCAAAGUUGGGGUGUCUGAGUCCUCAACAGUUCUGUAAGUGCACAUAAAAUAAACCAUUGUAUAAGAGUUGCUUUCUCUGUCAUGUAGAGCCCCCUAAGUGCGUUAUCGGUGGUUACAUUUUCCCGGAUGAUACAUUUUUUUUUCGCGGUCCCCUGGAAAACAUAUCACUGAGGUUCUGCUGUAUAUAUACUGAGAUAUGGCUACUUAA